GCUCGGCGAGGUUUCCCGGCUUCCUAAAGUGUCGCUUGAGAACCUGAAGUGUAGGUCUGACGGGGUUUUUACCUUCAAAAUAAUCUUUACCUCAGCUUGAAAGAGGAAAUGUGAUUUUGGGCUGAGAAUUUUGGAGUAGAGCCUGUGGAGGGAUUUCCUUCCCUUGAAAGAAAGAAGAGGAGGAAAAACAUCUUGGAUACGGUUGGGUUCUUCACCAGAGUGGUUCCAACAUGGAGAGACCCAACUCACGUGAGCCUGAAGCAGGACCUGGGGGCAGUGGGGAAUCCUGGGAAAGAACCAGACAUGAGUCCCUGAGUGUGGACCUUGACAGCUCGGACACACAGCGCCAGCGCUUCAGGCAGUCCUCCUACCAAGAGGGUGAAGGACCCAGAGGGGUUUGCAGUCGUCUCCACGAUCUGUGCCGCCAGUGGCUGAAGCCAGAGCAGCACACCAAGGCCGAGGUGCUGGACCUGGUGACCCUGGAGCAGUUCCUGAGCAUCCUGCCCCCAGAGAUGGGGAGCUGGGUCCGAGAGUGUGGGGCAGAGACCUGUUCCCAGGCGGUGGCCCUGGCGGAAGGCUUCCUCCUGAGUCGGGCCGAGGACAAGGAGCAGGAAGGACAGGUGAGAGCAUUCCCUCUGGGUUUCACUAACCUGGGGACUGAUGGACAGGUUGAACGUACAUCCUGCCUUUCUUCCAAGAUGGGACCGAUGUGCUCUUCCAGGCCCAUAAUAAUAACUCCAUGGAAGUCCCUGCACCAGAGGAAUCUCCACCAGACACCACCCAGAGUCUCAGGCAGAAGGAGCUGAAGCGGGAAGGAGACGGGGCUGCCGCCUUGCCGGGUGAGAAGGAACUCUUCUGGGAGUUUUGGGGUUUUGUGCCAGUGGAAAUCCCGCUUUGGGGAAUUUACACAGUUUGAGCUUCAGAAGGUGAACAUUUUGGGUCAUUGAGAUUGGUAUAUAUCUUAAACUUAUGUACCUAUGUACUUUGAUAAGUAUUUUAUAGAAAUGUAGUUUUAAUGUGGAUCUUUUAUAGAAAUAUUUAUUUAUUAUUUAAUUUAUAUACUGAUCUUCUCCCCAAGGGGGACCCAGAGCAGUCUUACACAAUGGCAGAAUUAAAUGCCACAUAUAAUACAACAUGCAAAAAAAAAACCCAAACAUAAAAGAAAAAUAAAAUCUGGUAUCCAAAUCAAAUUAAAACAAUUAAAACCAUGUGACCAUUACAACGGGGGAAGUUUUGAGCCAAAGUCAGAGCCCUAAUAUGCAUCUUUGUUGAAUUUUGGCAAUGUUCGUAUUUUUAAAAUUGUGUUGUAACCCGCCACAAACUGCAAGGAGAGGCAAAUAAGAAAUAAAAUUAUUGUUGUUGUUUUGUU